CCCGAUAUAACCUCAGUUUUUACAGGUAAGGCAAGGCGCGCACUGAGGUGGCGAGUAAGUGACGUGGUUGUGGCGCGAUGACCAAGUGGCAGGUGGAAUCGCUUAAGCCUAUAUAAGCAAAUGAAGACGCGCGUAUUAAAAUGGAGUAGCGGCGGCGUGGCAUUUUGCAGGUGGCGUGAUGUCAGUCUGGUGCCACAAUCUCGAACAAUUUUUGACUGGCAAGCUGGUGACAUCGAUGCGACGUGGAUUUUUGUAUACCUUUUUCUGAAGUGAAUCAUGCGAGACGACCAAGAAUUUAAUAUUAAUUUUGUAGCUCUUGUAGAGGCAUAUCCCUGUCUGUACGACAAUACCCGGGAGGAUUAUCAUAUGAACCAUGUGCAAGAGCGGGCUUGGGCGAAAAUUGCAAAAGACAUUGGGGAAGGUGCUACCAUCGCAGACUGCAAGAAAAGGUGGAAGACAUACGUGCCAUCUGGAUCUGGAGCAUCGGUAAAACGCCCAUACUAUCUCUCGGAGUACAUAUGUUUUGUUUUACCGAUCACAAAGUCACGCCCACCCAAAGGAAAUGUUGACGCACCAAAGAAUAAUGAAACGGCCGAUAUACUUCAUGAAGAAUCAAUUACGGAGGACCUAGAGACCGAAGAGCUUGAAACUGAACAAUUCUCCAAAAGAAAAAGUCAAAAAAUUGGACAUUACAAAAACAACCAAGGGAGAAAUGACGAUAGUGAUGACGAACAGUCGAUUACUGGAGAAGUUAAUGAGGAUGUAUCAAAUGUUACUGUAUCUCAGCUAGACAGUUUGGAAAAAAACGAUUCUCGAGAUAAAACUAUUUCGAAUCAAAUAUCUUUGGCAGAUGUUAACAAAUCUGCCUAUGAAUUUUUUGAAAAAAAGAAGCGAGCACCGUAUAGACCACCUGCUUUCACUAAUGAUGAUGCCGAUGUGCAGUUUUUGUUGAGUUUAUUGCCCGAUUUAAAAAAAAUUACGGACAAGCAGAAAAGAAAAUAUAAAGUGGGAGUCCUAAAUCUUGCCGAUGAAAUCCUGGAUCAGCCUGUAGUGUCUCAUAUUUCUGCACGUCUCUUCUCCCCAACGUCUAGUUAUUCAUCGCUGGCUGCAGACAGCAUGCCUUCUACCCGUUCCUCUUCAGCAUGUACUAGCUCUAUUCGACCUCGAUGUGAGACAGCUGAUUCGCGGACAUAUGAAGAUAUUUCGUUUUCGACAGUACAUCAGCCACCCAUACAAGCACAAGAUACAUUUGUACCAAAUAUCCAGUAUAAUAACUCAUUAUUACCAGAUCAUGAGUUUGCUUUUUAAGAAUAACGUUGUACAAUAAAUUUGCAUUUCGAUAAUAAAUAUAUCUUUAAUUA